CGAGGGAGUUGCGGCCGCCAAUGAAAGGGGCCGAGCGGGCGGCGCGCCGGAGCCGCUGGAGCCGCCGCGCAGCCGGGCGCAGGGAGCGAGCGAGCGCGGGGGGCACGAGAUGUCGGGGAGCCAGCCGCCGGCGGGCAGAGGGGCCCCGUGCUGCCGCUGCCGAGGGACGUGCGCGGGCUUCGAGCCGCACCCCUGGAGGAAACUAUGCAGGUCGUGCAAGUGCAGCCAGGAGGAUCACAGCCUGAGCUCUGACGUGGAAGACGAUCGGAAAAUUGGCCGCCUGUUAUCGGACUCGAAGUACGCUACGCUCACUGCCAGGGUGAAAGGAGGCGACGGAGUCCGCAUCUACAAAAGGAACCGCAUGAUCAUCACCAACCCCAUCGUGUCGCGGAAGGACCCGACCUUCGACACCAUCACCUACGAGUGGGCUCCGCCAGGGCUGACCCAGAAGCUGGCCAUUCAGUACAUGGAGCUGAUCCCCAAGGAGAUGCAGCCGGUGGCGGGCACGGAAGGUGCCUACUACCGCCGGCGGCAGCUGAUGCGGCAGCUCCCCGUCUACGACCAGGACCCUUCCCACUGCCGCGGCCUCGCCGAGGGGGAGGCGAAGCUCAUGGAAGACUUUGUAAGGAAAUACAAGGCCGAUGCCCUGGGCGUCGGCGAGGUCGCGCUGCCCGGGCAGGGCGGCGGCGCGAAGGACGACGGGCAGCGGCAAGACAAGGCUGCAGGCAAACCCUGCGCCUCGGCCAACGGAGCCGUGGACAGCGUGCCCGCGGGAGGGCAGGCGCGCUGCGAGAUCUGCAAGCAGGCGGUGCCGGCGGAUUGCCCCGUCGUCUACGCGGACAGAGCCGGCUACUCCCGGCAGUGGCACCCGGCCUGCUUCGUCUGCUGCAAGUGCUCCGAGCCCCUCGUCGACCUCAUCUACUUCUGGAGGAACGGAGCGGUCUGGUGCGGCCGCCACUACUGCGAGAGCCUGCGGCCGCGCUGCGCCGGCUGCGACGAGAUGAUCUUCUCGGAGGACUACCAGCAGGCCGAGGGCAUGGCCUGGCACAAGAAGCACUUCGCCUGCCUGGGCUGCGAGACGCUGCUGGCCGGCAAGCCCUUCAGCCUCGACAGCGCCAGCCUCCUCUGCCUCACCUGCAGCCGGAGCAGGCGUCUCUAAACCCGGGCAGCGUGGAAGGCGCAGCUGGCCCCCAGGUCCAAGGCAGUUGGUGCAGUUUGACAAGCGCGUGAGAAGUGCAAGGUUUAAAAAAAAAAAAAGAAAAAGAAAAAAAAAUUUGCUCUUUGGGCUCGGAUCAGAGCCCGGCUAUUCACUCGCAAGCAGCUAACUACCCCCUGCGUCCUGUUCGUGUCUGAGGCGUGAGGUGUGCCUGGUGCAUCUUACUAGGAUGGGGUUUAAGCACAGUUUUUUUGUUGUUUAAAAAAAAUGAACAAACCUCUCAGCUUCUCAUGUUUAAGGCCUUGCAAUAUCCUCUUAGAAAUAACACAUCUCAAAAUUAAUUUUUGAUGUACUAAACCUAUGGCGAUGGCCAAUAACAAGGUGUUUCUUUAAAUCUGUACUGGAAGUUUACAUUAAUACAAUGCUGACAAUUGUACUAAAUCAGUGGUUUUAAAAAAUUUGAUUAACUAAAGUGAUUACUUUCUGAAAGCAAAUGAUAUGAAAUACCAGCAUUAUGUAGCUUUCUCCUCAUAAGUUUACAAUAACGUAAAGAUAAGUUAAGACUGGCAUACAGAAUGAUUGAUUUAACCUUAGCAAGAUAAAAACCUUGUAGAUCUACCCAAAUGGCAGAGUAGUUAUGGACAGCUGACUAAUUCAGCUAAUUUGAGUUUUAGACGUGAAACUGGAAUGCAGACAUUCCUGGCAAUUCCCCCCAGCACCUUGUUGCCCGGUUUUAUCUUGCUUGCCUCCUGCUACCUUGUCGUUUCAAGUGAGUGUGUUUUAAGAGAGGCAUUGUGUUCCCACAGCAAUACUGUAGUUAAGCAGUAAAAGUAUGGACCUUUAUUUCAGCUUGUUUUGACCAGGAAUUUUAUAGAAAACUUUUUAGCCUGAGCUGUCUUAGGUUUUUUUGGGUCUGACAUACCGCAAUGCCAGUUUUUUUUUCCUGUAACAUAUUGAUGCUGUCCAAGAAAGAUGUAUCUCCACUUCAGAGCCUGCAGAGCCGCUGUUCUGCCGGUGGCGGUCUCCGGCUCAGCUCCGCUUGCUCGGGAAGACCACUGCCGCCUUCCAGACGGGAUAGGGAUGGCAGCGUCCUAGAACCCAGCACUGAUCCGUUCGUGUGUUGUUCCCUGUGUCGUGCAAUGCUUCCGUUAGUCACAAACUACCUAGGAGUCCCGACUAGUAGAUGUCUGUGUGCUUGGUCUUUUUUCUUAUAUUAAAUGUCUACGUUAUUUGCCAGAAAACUGGAAUAUUCUUUGUAGAGGUGUAAGGAGCUCACAACUGCUAAGCUUUCUUUCCACUACAGAAGAUGCUGGCUGCCCACUUCCAGAGCAUACUCCCUGCUGUGGAGGCUUGCUUAAUUACUGUUAAAUAACUCGCAAACGAGAGCAUGCAAGUUGGGCAGCGGGGUGCACGAAGCAGGCUCCCACCUGUGUCCUUCUGCUCGCGUGGCCCGGCCCGAGCAGCUUGUCGACGCCUCGCACCCGGCGGUGACGAUACCUGCCCCUAGAGAGGCGUCCGUCCGAGCCCAUCACGGUUUUGGAGUAGGUGAGAGAGAGCCUUGGUGCAAAAGACGUGUCCAGACAGUGCCGGGGGUGAGCGUGGGCUGCUCUGGUGGAUGCCUCCAACCUUCCCCCGCCAUCCCUUGGAAUAGCUGAUAUUCCUGGACACGCUGGGAGAUCCAAAAUGAGUAGAUGAAACCCCCCUCCGGGACCAGAGCCGCACGUGGCGGGAAGGACGGGCGUGUGUCGCAGGGCUGCCCGUGGCCCGUGCGUCCGUCUGACCCAUCCCUGGUUCUACAGCAGCCGCGUCCAGCGUCGGGGGUGUCGCUUCCGGGAGCUCAGCGGGACGCGGGAAGUCGGCAGAAGACGCGUAGCCUCCACGUCUUGCUAGCAAUAAUUAAGCUGCCUUUGACUAGCUUUAGAUACAGGCACUUUGGUUGUUAGCAAAGGGGGGAUGAAGAAUUAAACCCAGUGCUUAACUUUAUUGCCUCUUUUUAUUUUGUUAAAAUGGAAACUUCCCAAAACCUUUGUAACUUUUCUUGAAGACACAGUGUAGUUCUAAACCCUGCUAUGUUAAGGCAGCCAAACGUGCAUAUGCUCAAAGUAAGCAGUGAUGGAAAUAGCCCGAAUCACUUAGGAAACGCUGCUUCGGCAAAGACACUCACAUCCAAACAGCAUUCCUUGCUGGAAAGUCAUUGUCCGUUUGUGCACGCAGCUGGUCGCCUCUUGCGGAGCGAUCGCCCACCAGCUAGGUGUACAGAGAGAAGACGCUGUUCCAGAGACGUGUAAAUCAGAUGCAACAAUCAAUAGAACACUGAGUUCUUAACAGCGAAAAACCAUUAAGUAAAUAACUGCCACCAUCACAAACCUCAGAUUGCUGCAGUCUUUUCCCUGGCUGUUUUUCUCUUUUGUUUUGCCUUGCCUUGGGCGGCUGUGUAGUCCUUGCGGUAUAUCUGUGUUAGAAUGAAUGCAGAGGAGGGGUGAGCCAGGGCCAUGACCAAAAGGGGAUGUUUCUGAAAUGCCGUGUCUGAACCGGGAUGCUGGGAGUCCCCGUGCCGGAGGCAGCCGGAGCUCCGCGUGGCCCCAGCGGUGCCUGGGCCGGGCAGCUCCCUGUGCCAGAAAGGAGCCUCCGGGGGCCCAGGAGCCCGGCUCAGUGCUCACAGGGUAGCGUGUGUCAAAUACUUAAAAAAAAAAAAGAAAAAAAAAAAAAGAAAAGAAAAGAAAAAAAAAAGAAAAAAAAAGGAAAAAAAAGAAAAAUCACUUUUUGCAGCAAAGUUCCCGGCGAGGUGGGUAGUCGGCGAGGCUGCAGGGGUGGUUGGGGCAUGGGUGCGUUCCUGGGCUAGGGCGAUGUUCGCGUGGGUCCCGUCCGGCAGAGGAAGGAGAAGGACCUCGUCCAUCUGCGGGUUUCUCCCCGUGUCUCCCAAAUAACCGUUAAUGACUUCGAGCUGGUAGCGAAACCAGAGCAGGUUGUAUAAACCCUUAAUGAAAGCUUUUGGUUUCAGUAUUCGUGUUCUCUGUAGCUCUUCUGCCUCCUCUCGACAUGCACGUCAUCUUUACCUAAAUAGUCUGACUGAAGCCAUUUCUGCAAGUAAGGAUUGCAGGAUCAGGUCUUUGAUUUCCAUCCUGAAAUAUUUUAUCAGCCUUUUUUUUCUGUUCCAUAGCUGUAAAUUUAGUAUAGCUGAAUUAAUUACAAUUAAGAUGUUUUUAUUUGUACAGAUGAGAGCAGAAUUAAGCCCAAUGUUUAAACUACAGGAAUGAGAACACGACUAUUACAGUCCUAAAACUUUUUGCAACUAAAAAUACUUGUCUAAAAUUCUGAGUAUCAGCAAUCAACACAUUUUUCUGGGUAUUCUACAUAAUGCUGCAGAUGCACUUUUUCUUAAAGAACUCGCUCUCCUACUCUAAUGUAGUGCUCUCAAGCUCGUUAAAUCUGGUCUUGCUUUCUCAUCCUCUCCGGACAACGGUAACCAAGCUGCUCUGCACUGUGUUCUGGCAGAAAGUCCACUUUGCAGAUAAGGAUCAUCUUCAGCGGUAGUGCCUCUGUCACGGGUUCCUCUUACGGGGUUGUCAGCUCUGUCUGCCGGCCUCCCACUACAGUCAGCAGCAGCUCCUUUCUUCAGUCCGUCCCCGUAAAUGCAGUGCUCCAUUGCUAAUGGCGUUAUUCAGCUAUUUUCAGAUAAAAUACCACUGCAGCAUGUUCUGGUUUGGAUUCUGAUUUUGUGAAAUAUAAAUUGUAAUUCUCCUCCAACGUCCCUGUUUCAGCAUGCACGUGCUCGCUUUGGGUCUUCUGGACUGCUGGCAUCCACUGCAGCUUUCGGGUAUUUCUGUAGCCUGUAACAUACUUUCUGCUUAAAAAAAAAAAAACCAAAAAAACCAAAAAACCUCACUGUAAUUGAACAGCUUUGCAAAAUACUGUGCAUUAAAUUAAUGGAUUUAACAGCUCAAACCA